AGUUGCAGAAAGGGAGAGAGAGAAAGUUUUACGCUGUAAAACUAUGAGUUAGUCUUUCAUUGUGGGAGUCAAACAGCUGAUUUAUCAUGAGGGAAUUACAUCUACCGAGGCAGAACGCAAGAGACUUCUGACCCUGAGCUACUGGGAACUUCAUGCUAUCACUAUAACACGCCUCACAGACAGGACGUGUAAAAAGGCACAUGAUAGAACAACUGUUGCAAACAAUUACGUGCAAAGUGCAAUCGCUCUGAAAACGGAUCAUAAAAAUAAUAAUCAGGCUUUUUCAACAGAAGUAUCAGUCCUGCUAAACUUCACUACAGGCAGUGCUGGAACUUCAGACUGAAGAGUGUGAGAGAGCUUCAAUGAGCUCAUAAGUAAGUAACUCAAUCUGAUAAAAGCAGACAUGAGUGACACAGUGGAGAACCUGGACACCAGGGACCUGGGGUUCUCAGAUGCUGAGGAUGAACCUGAAGAGGUGGACUGCGAGUUCAACCCCUCAGGGGUAUCCCGUAUCCCAUUCUCUGCCGUGUACAGGACAGUUGGCUUUAAAGAGACAGAAGCACAGGUCUAUCUGAACGCUGCCCCCGUCACUGCCAAGAUCCUAGAUGUGGAACGCUUCACCAGGGCCCCAGACCGCUUCAACAUGUCCAAACACAGGAGCGUGUCCAAGGCAAUGCCAGCCGUGUUUAAGAUAGAGCUCAAACAUGGGAACUUCACCUGGAUAGUCAAGAGAAAAGAGAAGCACUUCAUGGAUCUGCACAGAGAGCUUCUGCGAUACAAGACCCUCAUGAGGAUCCCGCUGCCCACCCGAAGCCAUACAGAGAGAAGAAAGAGCAUAAAGAGGAGCGAGGUGAGGCAGAUGCCUGUACUGCCUCGGGGAGCUGGAGAUGAGUUGGCACGAGAGGAGCAAGUGUCUAGUCGGAGAAAACAACUGGAAGACUACCUAAACAAGCUGCUGAGGAUGGCAAUGUACCGAAAAUACUACGCAACCAUGGAGUUUAUUGAUGUGAGCCAGUUGUCCUUCAUUCAGGACUUGGGCCCCAAAGGCUUAGAAGGCAUUGUUUAUAAAAGGUCAGGAGGUCACCGCAUCCCAGGCAUGAACUGCUGUGGCCACAAUGAAGUCUGCUACCGCUGGUCCAAGAGGUGGCUUGUUGUGAAGGACUCUUUUCUGCUGUACAUGAAGCCAGACACAGGUGCCAUUUCAUUUGUCCUGCUGGUGGACAAUGAGUUCAGUAUCAAAAUGGACUCCAAAUACACAGAGACCAAGCAUGGAGUGAGCAUAGAGAACUUGUCCAGGAAACUAGUGCUGAAAUUCACUAGUUACAGACAUGCACGGUGGUGGGGUCAGGCCAUUGAAAGCUUUGUCCGGAAACAUGGCAAGGCCUUUUUAAGGACCCACCGCUUUGGAUCUUUCGCCAGGGAGGAGGAGAACAUACCCUCUAAAUGGUAUGUGAAUGGCAAAACCUACAUGGAGGAUGUUGCAAAUGCGCUGGAGGAGGCCAAAGAGGAGAUCUUCAUCACAGACUGGUGGCUGAGCCCUGAGAUCUUUCUGAAGAGGCCUGUAGUGGAAGGCAAUCGCUGGAGGCUCGACUGGAUUUUGAAACGCAAGGCUCAACAAGGAGUUCGGAUCUUUGUUAUGCUGUAUAAGGAAGUGGAGUUGGCGCUCGGCAUCAACAGUGAAUAUAGCAAAAGAACACUAAUGCGCCUUCACCCAAAUAUUAAGGUGAUGAGGCACCCUGAUCAUGUGUCCUCCUCUGUCUACUUAUGGGCACACCACGAGAAGAUUGUAGUCAUCGACCAAUCAGUUGCUUUCGUUGGGGGAAUUGACCUUGCGUAUGGCCGCUGGGAUGACCGUGAGCACCGACUGACAGACGUGGGAAGUGUAACACGCUGUGUUGCUCAGGCCAUGGAGCAGGGACUUGAUUCAUGCACGCACAGGAAAAAAGUGUCCACCAGUGGAAACAGCAGCCGGUCGAUGGUCGAUGACUCAGUGGACCUGCCCAAACUAAAAGGCAUUGGCCGCACUCGCAAAACACGUUUCAGUCUGUACCAUCACAUCCAACGUGGCCUUCACCAUGCUGACAGCAUCAGUAGCAUCGACAGCACAAACAAGAGUGGCUCAGUGCACAGUCUUCAGACAGGAGUGGGAGAGCUGAUGGGAAACACUCGCUUCUGGCAUGGCAAAGACUACUGCAACUUUGUGUACAAAGACUGGGUUCAGCUGGAUAAGCCUUUUGAUGAUUUUAUUGACAGGUACACAACCCCCAGAAUGCCCUGGCAUGAUAUCUCCUCAGUGGUGCAUGGGAAAGCAGCCAGAGAUGUGGCCAGGCACUUUAUACAGCGCUGGAACUUCACCAAAAUAAUGAAGCCAAAGUACAGGUCACUCACCUACCCAUUUCUCCUACCCAAAUCUCACAGCACAGCCAAUGAUCUAAACUACCAAGUGCCAGACUGUGUCCAGACCAAAGUCCAGGUUCUGCGGUCAGCUGCAGACUGGUCGGCGGGAAUCAAGCACCAUGAGGAGUCCAUUCAUAAUGCCUAUAUUCAGGUCAUUGCCAAGAGCAAGCACUUCAUCUACAUUGAGAACCAGUUCUUCAUCAGCUGUGCCGAUAACAAACAUGUUUACAACAAGAUUGGUGACGCCAUUAUUGAGCGAAUCAUCAGAGCUCACAAGGAGAAGAAGUUGUUCCGUGUGUAUGUGGUGACUCCCCUGCUGCCUGGAUUCGAGGGAGACAUUUCCACAGGAGGAGGAAGUGCACUCCAGGCUGUUAUGCAUUUUAACUAUAGGACCAUGAAUAGAGGAGAGUACUCCAUAAUUGCUCAACUGAAGAAAGAAAUGGAUGACCAAUGGAUGAACUACAUCUCUAUUUGUGGACUGAGGACUCAUGCUGAGCUGGAGGGCAGACUUGUGACUGAACUCAUCUAUGUUCAUAGCAAGUUGCUCAUUGCUGAUGACAACACUGUCAUUAUUGGCUCUGCCAACAUCAACGACCGCAGCAUGUUGGGGAAGAGGGACAGCGAGGUAGCUGUGAUUUUUGAAGAUUCAGAAACAACGCCAUCAGUGAUGGAUGGUCAAGAGUACCAGGCUGGCGAGUUUGCUCUGCAGCUCAGACUGGAGUGCUUCAAAACCAUUCUUGGUGCCUUUAAUGAUCCGACCAUUGAUGUUAGUGACCCCAUCAGCAACGGAUUCUACAAAGAUGUCUGGAUGAGCAUUUCGGGUAGGAACGCCACCAUCUAUGACAAGGUUUUCCGCUGUCUGCCCUCAAGUCUGGUGAGGAACACACAGGAGCUCAUGAGCUUCCAGUCCAAAUCAGGUCUUGAUAAAGAGAACCCUGUUAAAGCUCAGGAGCUUCUGAAGAAGAUUAGGGGCUUCCUGGUCCAGUUCCCAUUGGAGUUCCUCUGUGAGGAGAACCUCAUGCCCUCGGUAGGCACCAAAGAAGCCAUGGUGCCCACUGAGAUCUGGACCUGAUGGCACCAAAU